GCUUCAACAGAACUGCGACUAUUUGUUUCAGCAACCCGACUCCUGCGAGUAGAUCAGAACCAGGUUAAUGGUGCCUCGUACAGAUCGUCUGCUAGUGUGCCACGUUCCACCAUUAGUGCUGACUUCAACUUUUGGGUUCGUAUGGUUUGAGCAUCGACGGCCGCGCGUAGCACAUAGACCCAGCGUCAAGAGGGAAAAGUAGACAGGAUAGCCCGUCACCGGUCACCGGUGCAGCACGGGCAAAAAAAGACAGUUUCGAAGAUCUCAGCACCUCUGCAUGCGGCAGGAACUUUGCGAACUUGCUAGAGAGUUCGUUUCCUCCGCGACGUGCGCAUUUUUAAUAACGAACGACCGUCUGCUUGUUUGCUAGGCCGCGUUAUUAGGUCCCUCAUUAAUUCUUUAACUAGCUUCAGGGAAGCGCGAAUGGGGAGUGGGGAGGAGGGUCCAGCUAUGAGCCGCGACGGGCAGCCGAAAAAACAAGAGCACUUAUCUAGAAGCGAGCAGCCCACUCUCCAAGCCGAGCAGCCGACUGUCCGAGCCAAGCAACCAGCCCGCACCAAAGCCUCAAUCCGAGCGUCCUUCCACUGGCGCGUCGCACUCCCCGCGCUCGUCGCGGCGACGCUCCUCGCGUUCCUAUUGGCCGAUCCGCUCCGACUGAGCCCCGUGGCGCGCCUCCCGUUCGACCCAGUCGUUAUCGACAUCGCGCCGCCGCCGCCGCGCUCCGUCAGGGACCCUCUUAAUCGCCUCGCUGCAGCUGAGAUCAGGUACGAGGGCGAGGCGUUCGGCCCGGAGAGCCUGGCGUGGGACGUGGAGGGGCGCGGGCCGUACGCGGCAGUGGGCGACGGGCGAGUCGUGCGACGCACGGCCGACGGCAGCGGCUGGGAGACCUUCGCAUGGGCGUCGCCGCUGCGCACGCCCGAGCUCUGCGACAGGCAUCCCCCUUUUGGCUCCAAACGUUCUGCCGCGUCGCAGGAGCUGCUCGGCCCAGUAGAAACGCGGCAAGCGGCAGCAGCAGCGGCGGCACUGUCGCCUUCGGAGAGAGUCGCGACGGCGUUCGGCGUGUUCCCCAGCGACGUGCCUCUCGCGCAACCCACCCCACCCUCCCCCGCCCGAACCUCGUUGGAAGGCUCGUCAGAAGGCCCGGCUCAGAACGGCCCUUCCUCUGACGCACCUUCCGAACUAGCCGCCUCUCUUGCCGCAGAGGCUUCCGAGGUAGAGUCUUCCCAGCAGGGGCAGCAGGGGCCGCAGCCCCACCAAGCCGAGCAGGACCACUACUCCCACCCGGACCCCUCCCUGGAGCACAUCUGCGGGCGGCCGCUGGGAAUGCGGUUCCAUCCGGUGACGGGCGAGCUGUGGUUCGCGGAUGCGUACUUCGGGCUGUGCAAGGUGGGGCGGCAGGGCGGGCAGGCGCACGUGGUGGUGGCACACGUGGACGGGCGGCCGCUGCUGUUCGCCAACGACCUCGAUAUUGCCGCCACCGAGGAUGGGAAUGGCACCGUCUACUUCACCGACACCAGCACGCGCUUCCAAAGGAGGGACUACUACAUCGCCAUAGCGGAGGGCAGGGCGGACGGGCGGCUGAUGCAGCUGGACCUGGCAACGGGGCGGGUGACCGUGCUGGUGGAGGGGCUCGCAUUUGCUAACGGCGUGGCGCUCUCGCGAGACAAGUCUUUCCUCGUGUUAUGUGAAACCACCACGCUCAGAUGCCAUCGGUAUUGGCUGAGAGGGCCAAAGGCAGGGACUCGUGAGGUUUUUGUCGUGCUUCCCGGCAUGCCCGACAAUGUUCGACUCAACCCGCGUGGGCGGUUCUGGAUAGCUGUCCACUCGCGAAGAAAAUUCUUGCUGGGUGGGUGGUGCUUCGAUUUAGGGAUGCUUCAAGUAAUUAAGGGCUUUGCAUGGUGGCUCGACGACCAUGGCUGCGCUCCCUCUUCCUUGCUCUGCCAAUCAGCAUCAAGACGGCGCAACAAAUGUCCAUGGGCCGACCGAAUGGGAUUGUGGUGGAGGUGGAUGAGAAUGGCAUGGUAACUGAUGUGCUUGAAGACAGGUUGGGGGAAGCUGUGAGGUCGGUGAGUGAGGUGGAGGAGAGAGACGGGAAGUUGUGGUUUGGAUCCGUGGUAUUGCCUUUUAUUAGUGUGCUAGAUUAUCGGCCUCUAGUAGCAAUAAGUACAGUUGCGCACAGUGCAACUACUAUAUAACACAUGUUGCGCUGUAAAUUAGUUUCCAAAUAAUGACCAUGAUGUCUGUAUCGGGCCACAUUGUACGUGAAAUUUU